AUGCCAAUAACUGGAACAACACUUAAUUCCUGCAGGAGGAACGACGGGAUCCACUGGGCAAACGGGACCACGGAGAACGAAGUGACACAUAAACAAACAGCUGGAGAGAAGAUGAACGGCAUGCGUGCCACAGUAUUAGCGAGGCUGAGAGGCCUCUCCGCGCUGGCUGUGACGCUCCUGAUCCUGGCGGACGUAAACGGGUGUGCGGGCUGCAGGACCGGCUUGCUGUCCGAGUGCGAGGAAGCCCCCUUCGUGCCGGGCUACAACCUGGCGGGCGAGGGCUUCGACGUGGUCACCAUGCAGCGCAAAGGCGCCUACGUGAUCGACGUCAAGUCCUACCUCACCCACAGCAACACCUGCACGCUGUGCCAGAACCCCUUCCAGGGCGGGCAGGCGCAGAAGAUACCCGUGUCCGUGCUGGACUGGAGGACCGCCAGCCUCUGCAAGAAGCAGCUGUCCAGCGCCCUGCACCACUCCGUGGACUCCCUGGUGCGGAGCUCGGCCUCCCUGCUCAACAUCGACUGGGCCAUGGGCCUCAACCUGGAUGAGACGGGCACGGCGGUACUUACGGGCAGUCGUUCAGAGGUCGCCCAGUUUGCCAGAUCCCAGUUUAGCCUGGACAAGGCGACGUUCGCCACCCACGAGAUCAGCUGCACGCACUACGGGUACAGACUGGCUGACCAUCCAACACUCAGUGGGGAAUUCUCUAAAUAUCUUCAGAGAUUGCCCCCGAAGUACGACCGCCAAACACGCUACCUGUACCGGCGGAUGAUUGACACGUACGGGACCCAUUUCAUCCGGCAGGUGCGCCUGGGCGGCAGGGUGAGGCGGAUCACGGCGUUCCGCACCUGUCUCGCGACGCUGCAGGGCUUCUCUGAGAGGGAAAUCCAGAAGUGCUUGGACGUGGAGAUGAAGAUUGCACUGGGGUUCCUUCCGGUCAAUGUGUCCUUCACCCACAAGUGCAGCAGCAUUCUCAAGGACAACAUGACGGUGGGUUUCUACCAGGGGUUCAUGACUCACAAGAUUGAGGUCAUGGGGGGAGAGAAGUACUUCCCGGACGUCCUGUUCAACGAGAACCCCUCGUCCGCCUACAGCAGCUGGAUGGCCAGCUUAAACGACAGCCCCGACGUGAUCUCCUACUCCAUCUUUCCCCUCCACAACCUGGUCAGUGACUCGCAGGUGAGCGACAACCUAAGAAAAGCGGUUUUGGAGUACAUAGAGGAGAACAAGCUUGAGAUGGCCAACAGGGAAGCCAACACCUGUGCCCCUGCCCCCAACCUGGACCACAACUGCUGUCCGUUGCGUGCCGGUCUGGGCCAUUUGUGGGUGGCGGUGAAGAAAGCCGCCAACUUGAAGCCGGAUUACUUUUCCCAGGCUGACGGCUUCGUGAAGGUGUGGUACAACGGACAGUACGAACAGACGGAUGCGAUCGCCAACGACAACCAUCCUGUUUGGAAUGCGGUUUAUGAUUUUGGCACGGUGGAGCUGGGUCAUCAAAUAAUGUUUGAGGUCUGGGAGGACGAUACGUUUUUCGAUGACUUCCUGGGUCAAUGCAAAAUCUACCCCGAAAGAGGUCUUCACUCGUAUAGCUGCCAACUAAAUACAGGAGUCUUCUAUUUCACCUAUAGGGUCACAUGUGAUGUGCAUCUGACUGGUUACAGGUGUGGAAGAUACUCCCCGGGCAAUUAA